AUGAACGGCCAUAAUGAAUCUAGAGUUAAUAUACCAUUUAUAUAUUAUGAUGAAUUUCAAGAUAUUAGACUUUUGGAUGAGGGUGGUUUUGGCGAAAUUUUUCAAGCUACUUGGAUAACUGCUUUAGGAAAAGAAAUAAAAUACGCUGAAGGUGGAAAUUUGCUUGAUAACUUGUCAAAAAGCUAUAAAGAUAUUUUAUGGAAAGAGAGGCUCGCAAGAUUACAAUCAAUCAUUAUAGGAUUGUUACAGAUUCAUGAACGUGGAUUAAUACACCGUGAUUUGCAUUCAAAAAAUAUAUUAAUUUGCAAAAAUGGAGAUAAAGAAUUCAUUAAAAUAGGAGAUUUAGGGUUGGCAACUUUGGAAAUUGAUCAAUUGUGCAAAAUCGUGGAAUCUAAAGAAAUUGAUGACAGAAAAAACGAGUUUCAUAAUGCUGACGAAAUAAUUAGAAAUAUGUCAGAUAUUGAAUAUUCAAACUAUAAUAGCAGUUCUAGUACUCCAAAUUUAUCAAAAUCGUCAUACUGUUUCGAAAUUUUAAAGCCAGAAGAGUUAAUUGAUUAA